UGACUCCGACACUGGUGGUCUCCGGUUUGCUCUGUCUCAGUGGCCCUUUUCUGACCUGCGAUGUCUCGCCUGCUGCUACUCUGCUCUUCGCUCCUCCGCCACCGUGCAGUCCUGUUCUCGAAGCCUGGCCACCCAGGCCGCCUCAGCCACUCAGAAAGCCCACAAAAAAAAAUCCUGUCGCCCACGGAAUCAGCUGUUGGGAUUGUCGUGUUUUUUACGACCUUUUACAUCCCAGCUGCAUAUGUGCUAAGCAGUCUGAAGUAUUUCAAAGGAGAGUAGAUACAGGAUGUCCAGGAGCAGCACGGCAUGGCUCCUUUAAAUGGGAAAAAGUGCCUGUUUGAACCUCCUCUGACGAGUUAGUCCUAUAACUGUCUGUGAUGUUCUACACUUCGGUUUGUUUUUGGACUGUGCAUCAUAUGGACGACGAACAUAAUCUGCUUAAGUGUUAAAUAAAAUGGAAACACUUGUUUGUGCUU